UGGAGGCCUGGUCGGCCUCUUUUCACGGUAACGACUACGGUAACUAAUGAUAAUAAAUUGUGAUUGUUACUCUCAAAGAUCAUUAUGGAGUUUCAGCACCCAGCAGCGGAGAGAUAUGGAGUUGACGUUUGUUUGUCUAAGGAAAAUCCCGAGUUAGCUCCAGAGUGUCCUCACGGACCAAUGCUCCUGUUUGAAAGAUUUUACAAAGAUGGUCGGUUACCUCAGAGGUUCUAUGCAUGCUCAGCAUCCAGAGACAGAAAACACUGUUCAUUUUUUCAGUGGGAAGGAGAUAUAGUGUCAGAGGCUAGGAAAGAAGCUCAUCAAGGAAUGAUACAAAAUUUAAGACGGUCACAUGAUGAAGCCUGUUUAAGAUACUCAAGCAUCUUUCAUGAAUCAGAUAAUCUCCAAGGGAAGAAAUGUUUUCAUUGUCAUUCUUGUGGCCUGCUGUUUCAACAUAACGAAAAGAAAAAUCAUCUGUCACAUGAUUAUGAAGAAGCUGUUGAUCUAUCCAAGCCAACUCUUAUUCUAAGACCAAGAGAAAAUGAAAAGACGCAAGCACAAUACUUAUUUUCAAGUAAGACAACACAGUUCCUAGUUUGUCUACUUAAGGAAUUAGGAUUUCACAAUGUGCUAUGUGUAGGCACACCAAGACUUCAUGAGGAAAUUCAAGCCUGUCGGAAAUCUGAUGACUUACCAUCUGGUUGUUUGGAUAGUCUUCUUCUGGACAUUGACUUCAGAUAUGCUCAAUUUUUCCCACCAUCCAAGUUUUGCUGGUACAAUAUGUUUAAUCAUUACUUCUUUGGAAAUAAUUCAAGAAGAGAGGUAUUCAAGUUGUUCAUGAGGAGGCAGGGUGUAGUGUUGGUGAUGGAUCCUCCAUUUGGUGGCCUUACUGAGGUUCUUUCUUUCUCAGUGAAAAACAUGUGGGAUGCCUGGAGACAGGCUCAUUUUCAUGGUGAAUCAGGGGUUGAGUUACCAACAGUUUGGAUAUUUCCAUACUUUAUGGAGCCUCAUAUGAAAGCUGCUUUGCCGUCAUUCAACAUGCUAGAUUAUAAGGUUGACUAUGAUAACCAUCCAUGUUUCAAGAGCAAAAGUCAGAAGGGUUCUAAACGUGGUUCACCCGUUAGACUCUUCACGAACAUGAAGCCUGCUGAUGUGGUUCUUCCUUCAUCUGAAGGGUACAGGUUUUGCAAGAGUUGUGACAGAUAUGUAGCACCUGAAAAUAUCCACUGUGAGAAAUGUAAUGGUUGUAUGUCAAAGGACGGGAGGCAAUAUGUUCAUUGUGAAAUGUGUGGUACAUGUGUCAAGCCAGGCCGUGUUCACUGUAUGACUUGCGGUCGCUGUGAGACUAAAGGACACCAGUGUAAGAGAUCAGUAGACGUUGGCACUUGCCACGUAUGCGGGGGCUUUGGACACAAGAGACGAGACUGUUUACAGCGCCCGAAUAAUCCCCCGCGAAAAAGACGGAAACAGAACUCAGAUGGAAUCCAAAUUAGUUUAAACGAGGAGGAAAAACUCUCGAAGAAACUUCCACGGAGAAAGAGCAAAACAAAGAAAAAACGAGUGAAUUUUCAAGGAGGGAAAGAAGUGAAUAGGAACUGAGAACUGAUUAAUGAAACUUCUUGCAUAGCUCUAUCGUUCGAUUAUUGUUUUCGAAUGCUUUGAAGUGAAAUUCGCCAGAAAACCACGGUUCAAAUGAAGAGUGAAAGUGAUUAAUGCAUUUUCUUUACAUUUUUGUUAAUUACAUUAUGGCUUGAAAAUUGAAAAAGACAUUUGUGGGUUUGAACAAGCUUCAAUGUAGCAAACUAACACCCUGGUUUUUUUGUCUUUUUCGUCUCUCCUUUGGUUUAGUCUCUAUAUUUUUGGACGGAUUUACUCUCCAUCAUAACUGGAAAUACGAACGGAAAUAAGGCUGAUAUUUUUGACAUUGACUCGCCUGUAUCGUUGAAAAUUCUCCAAGGACAGUACAUUGCAGAUGUUUAUUGGAA